AUUUUUCUCUUUCUCUUUAAUAUGCGAAAGUACUCUAUUGAUUCUAUAGAUACGUCGCCGCCCAACGUUAUCUUGGCUUUAACCCCGGAAUCUAAUAAUAGCAAUCCAAGUAUAUAUGCAGUAAGCAACAGUUCAAGUCCGACAGCUGCCGAAUCAUCUACAGACAGUUUCUCCUCUGUUCCUGAAAAGAUUCGAUGGUCGUGCCAUAAAGACGUUCUAAGAGCCAACUCCAAUUAUUUCAACUCUAUUUUCAACAGUCAAUUUCAAGAAGCAGAGGCAUCCAUUGUAUUCUUACCCCGUGGAAUGUUCAGUGCUUCAGUAUUAGAUGCUGUUCUCUAUUAUAUGUAUACCAAAACGUUACUUCUCGAACAUGACGAUAAAGAUUUAGAGUUAAUUCAGUCAUUGUAUCUCGCAGCAGACUAUCUCGGUAUGGAACAAUUGUGUAUCACCAUUGAGCAACAUAUCACAACCCAUUUGACGCAUGGCUUCAACUGCUACUGUGAGAACUGCGUUUUGGUUGUUCCUCUCCUUUUAUCAUUUACUGGUCCUAAUCAACAAGAUGAUAUCCGUCUGAGCAAGAUGACUCUAGCGAUUGUGAAACUGUUGACACAAGAUCCCGAAAAGGCUCUCCCCACAUUUUGGUCUAGUCGCUCUAUGGUAUUAUUGCUCACGCAGAAUCCAGAAAUGGAAUCCCUCCAUGAAUAUUUAGAAAAUGGCUUACUUAAUCAUGUGAACAAAAAUAAUGCAAUUGAGUCACUCUAUGGUUGCUUUUUAGCUGAACAGUUACUUGAAAAAAAGAAGAACGAGUUUGAUACGACAUUACUAGAAAUGACGAUCAACAAAGUAGUCAAAACAGGAUCUCAUCUUUUGGCAAAUGAUUUUGACUUUUACUGUACAAAAUAUCCUAAAUUACUCUCCUGUGUUGACGGAGUUAUCUAUUCAUUUGACUUUUUAAUAUACGUGAUAUCCAUUGUGCUUGAUAGUCAAAUGAAUGAACGGAAUGCCUCUUUACUCUAUAAAGGCAUUGUCAAGCAUCUGAUGUGCAGAGAUACAGUUCAAAACUCAAGUCGAGUGAAAUCAAUAUUGCAGAUGGCUAAAGAUAAAGUGGUUAAAUACAUUGGCGCCAAUUUGUUUACAAUGAGAAAGUUAAAUCUAAUAGACAAGAGUGUUAUUGAUUCACUAUCUCAAGGUACUAAUGGCUUUAUUUUACUUUUUACAUUUGAUUAAUUUAUGUAUAUAGAUCUCGCCAUACAUCCUAGUGUGCUGACAACAGAUCAGGAAGAUAUUAGACGAAAACAAAAUACCAGCACACAAGAGAAUAAAAGAAAGUCAUACCACCAAGCAUUCGGCUGGAAUAUCAAAUUAAUACGCACACGUUUUUCCUUUCUCUUAUUUGGUCAACAUUUUAAGAUUGGCCAAAAAGUGCAACUGCUCAAUAGACCGAUUAUCACGACUGGUACAAUAGCUUAUGUUGGUAAAAUACCAAUCAAAGAAGGUGAACGAUCUAAGCAUGCUGAAUACAUGUUGGGUAUUGAACUGGAUAGAAGAGGUAAUGAAUCAAAAAUCAAAAAAUACC